CGCCGUGCCCGGCGAUGAGCGGCUGAAGUAGCCCCGGCGGCAGCAGGCGGCGACGGGAUCUCCGUGCCUCGCCUCGGCUCCCCGGGACGCGGAGAGUGGGGCUGAGCCGCCGCGGAGCUUCCCACGCCCUUCCCCGUGCCGGCGCCAGCGAGGGGGCGGUGAUGGCGGAGCGGCCGCCGCCGGGCCCCCCGGUGAUUUUUUGCCAGGACUCCCCGAAGCGCGUCCUGGUGUCUGUUAUCAAAACCACCCCGAUCAAGCCGUCCUCCGGCGGGGGCGGCGAGGAGCCGCCGCCCGCCCCGCCCGUCCCCACCAGCCCCGGCUUCAGCGACUUCAUGGUGUACCCCUGGCGCUGGGGCGAGAACGCGCACAACGUCACCCUCAGCCCCGGCGGCCCCGCCGCCGCCCUCGCCGCCUCGCCCGCCCCGCCGGCCCGGGGCGGCGCCGCCGGAGCCUCCGGCGGGGAGGACGAGGAGGCGGCCAGCCCGGACAGCAGCAGCAGCAGCGGCGGCCACCUGAAGGAUGGAAUAAGGCGUGGCCGACCAAGAGCAGACACGGUUCGUGACCUAAUAAAUGAAGGAGAGCAUUCCUCUAGCAGAAUACGUUGUAAUAUCUGCAACAGGGUGUUUCCACGAGAGAAGUCACUGCAGGCACACAAACGAACCCAUACUGGUGAAAGGCCUUAUUUGUGUGACUACCCAGAUUGCGGGAAAGCCUUUGUUCAGAGUGGGCAGCUUAAAACUCACCAGCGUCUUCACACAGGGGAAAAGCCUUUCGUCUGCUCAGAGAAUGGCUGUUUAAGCAGAUUCACACAUGCAAACCGUCAUUGCCCCAAGCAUCCCUAUGCCCGGCUGAGGAGGGAAGAACUCACAGACAGACUCAGUAAAAAACAGACGGCUGAUAACAAAGCUGUGGCUGAGUGGCUAGCAAAAUACUGGGAGACUAGAGAACAGCGUGCUCCUGCUUUGAAAAGUAAAGCAAUGCAGAAGACAGAUCAGGAACAGCAGGACCCAAUGGAAUAUCUUCAGUCUGAUGAAGAGGAUGAUGAAGAUAAAAACAGCGCUCAUUCAGCUGCUCACCAUCGCCGCCUCCAGGAACAGCGUGAACGCAUGCAUGGCGCAUUGGCUCUCAUUGAGCUUGCAAACCUUGCUGUGGCACCGCUGCGACAGUAGUAUAGGAACAGAGUCUGCCUAUACAAAAUGUACUUCCUGGUGGUACUUAACCAGUUAGAUCCUGGGCAUAAGCUAAGCACCUUAUUUGCUUCUCAUAGGCUGCUAUUCUGUAGAAUUUAUGAAGAAUGUUGUUGCCUCGUAACAUGAGGUGAGAGAAUUGCACUUUUUGUAAGGUAUAAGACAGAUGUAAAGUUUUUAAGUAUUUUGUAAAUAUGGGACUGCAUAAUGCAGGGUGGACAAAUUAAUGUUGUGGGAAGCUAGAUUUUGCAAGGUUAACUCAUUUAUUUGUAGCAGUUUACACAGGAAGGACUUUCUGAACAGAGUGUUUGUGAUUAGUAGAAUGGUACGUGUAGCCAAAGAAGGCUGACAAAAGGAAAAGUAUUUAUCUGACUAUUUAAGCAAAAUUAUUUUAAAUGGUAGGUCUGAAAAUACUAUAAGCAGCAAUGGAACCAUCUUUUCUAGUGUCAGUAUUUUUUACUUAGUAUCACUAAGGCAGAAGGGAAAGCUUAGAUAUCUCAACUUGUAGAGGGGAAGAAACUGCUUUGUGCAGGAAACUGUAAGAUAGUUCAGGAUCUUCACUGUGACUGCUCAAGGUAUGAGACUUGACUUUGCUAUUUUAUGUUUUUUGAUUUGAUCUCAGCAGAAUCUCUUGGUUUGAGUAGCACUUGUUACUCCUAACAUAAGAUGUUAGGAACCUUUGCACAUUGUUGGGUUUAUCUGAAAAUGAUUAGUCUUGCAAAGUCUAGACAAAGGUAAACAAUUGGUAAUAUUUUUUUUCAGAUAUUUUUGGACCCUGUAAUGAUUUGGCACUUGUUUUUGUUAAUAAAGUGGGUAUUUACAGGGUGGUAUUGAUUUGUAGUAAACUAUUUUAGAUCUCUUAUUAGCAAACACUAAGUUUUAAAGUACUGCUUUUGUAUGUUUAUUAGCAAAUAGAAGCCUCCAUACUUCCCGUGCAUAAAGCCACCUUAUUGCUUUACGUCAGGAUAACAUGCCAAUUUUGUGUUCACUAACUGUAGCACAGCUUUCAAUUAAACACUGCAGAAAAGUAUUCACUAUACAACUAGAAAAUAGGCUUCCAAAAGUGUGUUAGCUAUGUGAUUUCAUAUAUUUCCCAAAUAAAUGAAGUUGCAGAACACUGCCUAGUACUUUCAGAUGCAGAUGGAAAAUGUUUAGCAGAACAUUUUGUCACCUCAUGAGUAUUAUCUAGUUUCCAAUACCGUUGGCUCACAUGAUUUCCAUUGUCUCAUAUGAUUUUUUUUGUAUACUUUGCUUGGAAAGCAACCAGAGAUUCCUAAUAUGCUAACAAAAUUUUGUUUUCAAAUUGGACAUACUUUUUUUUUUUUUCCCCAGCUUAGCUACUGCUUUAGGGAUGUUAAUUUAUACUUACUGACCUGCUUGCUCUUAACUCCUGCUUCUCAUUGAAGGUCAGGAAAUUCAGAUGAGAUCAAGCUUUCCCUUUUGCUUGAUCAAGAGGAAGAAUUGUUCAAUUACUUGUUAUAGACUGGCUAGAUGCAUACAGCUGUUUAAGAGAGAUACUGUAAUUUUACAGCAGAAACUGCAACUGUUGGAUUGUGUUCUCUGAUAAUUGAUACCUGCUGUGGUAGAGAAAUUGUAUUAACCUCGUUUGUUUAAAAUCAUGUAUUGAUGCACUUAACUAGAGAAUAAUCAGAUUUUUUUUUAAAAAAAUCACCUUCAUUGAAUGUAAUUAGUUUUUGCACCAUGAUAUGGUUUAAUUUCUAUUUUCAGUUCCUAAACUUAGUUGACCUCAGGUUUAUUUGUUUCUCUUUCAAGUUUCUUGGGCUUAAGGAAACAAAACACUUUGUAAUCCUUCAGGGCUUCUUAGCCUACAUAAAACUGCCUCACAGUUAAUGUGUGUCAGUUCAGAACUUUAAAACAAAUUGAAUCCUUUUGACCAUUCAGUUGGCUGCGUGCAAAUAAUCUGAUCCUAAAAUAAAUCCUGGGUGUUGAUCUGUUGUACUUGUGAAUCUUGAAAACUGCUUCUGAGUAGUAUUUCACAGGGCACAAGACUUGUAAUCACCAGCCAGUUGCAGGCUGAAGUCAAGGCUUAUUUCAAUAAUUUGAUCUUCCUAAUCAGCUGUAAUGCUUUGGGCAACUUGCAGAAUAUUCAUCUGGUAUGACAAGUACACUGAAUUUUACUUAGCUGUAGACAAAAUUCAGACAGCUCAAGCAGUUUUGCUUUGUGACAUGUAGGGUGUAAAAUAUCAAGUUAAAAAACUGAGGUGUGGAAGACUGCUUUUUGUUUUAUUAAAAAGUGAUUACAUAUAAGAUACACUGAAGUGUUCUGUGCUUCAUAAGAUUAAGUUGUAGCUUGCCGUGACUUAACAACAGAAGAGUAAAUAUGCUGUCAUUUUAAUAGGCGCUUUGAA